AUGCUAUGUGCAACUAGCUGUAAAUGCUCCAAGUGCUUAGACUGUGCAGCAACCUCUGAGAAAGAGCAAGAGGAGGCGAGACAUUUUUGGAGCCAAUGGAGUAUGAUAGAUCAAUGUUUAUCAGUGAAUCUAAGGGUUUGGAAUUCUGGUCUUGGGUCUUCUUCUAAGAGCCAGGUGGAAAGACAGCAUGAGGAAAGUGAAACAGGGGAAGAAGACGGCAGACGCCUCCUCCUCGCCCCCGGGGUCUGCGUGUCUGCUUCCGCCAUUGGUCAGCUCAAGCUAAGAAUUACAGCACUACUCAAAGCCUUAGGCAGUGCUUUAUUGACUGCUCCGACUCCGGACUCUCCCGCGCGGUCCCUUACAGAAGCUGAGGAGACAGGGCCCGCUGCGGCCCCUUUACAGUCUCGAAAGCCAUAUAAAGAGGCCCUCUCGGCAAGCAAAGCAGCAGAAGAUCUAGAAGACCACACCAGGGCUCCCAGCACUGGGACCAUUCAACUUUACCCCUCAUCCACCAGCAUACCACUCUCCGUGCACGAAAUAGAGAGCGAGACAGAUGUAGGGGCUCCCAGCCCGAGCCCCCAAAUAAGGGGUGCCCUCUGGGGCUCGUUUUCUCCUCCAGACGACAUAGACAUCAUCUGCCCUACACCGUACCAGAGCCAAUGUGUUGACCACGCUGCCCCCGAGACUCCCGAGUUAGGCCACUGGGGGGCCCCCUGCAAGCUCUCUGGGCGUCAACAUCUUGAUUGUUUUGGAGAAGCCGUAGUCCGUGCCCUUCAAUGCGAAAAAGAUCCUACGGACGUUCUAGGCGGGCCCUCCCACUGCCCUCACCUGGACGAAGCAGCGAAAGAAAGACAGAGGGCAAUGCCUCCCUCCCUUCUUGCCCUCGAUGAACUCAUACGAGACAGGAUGGGAUGCCGUCCUGUACCUGGUUUGCACGCAAACACUCCCUCAUGCAGUCCCCGUUCCUGCAACGCCGCAAGGGCCCCCACAGGGCCCCCUCUGCACACCCUCGUGGACCGAGAAGGGCAGCCAACGGAAUACCCUGUAACGCUUCCGUGGAUUUCGGAAAAGCUUGCGGCCUUAGAAAAACCCCUACUACAAAGCAGUACUCGUGAUGCUUCUGUGGAAACAUCGAGGGCAUUCGAGCCACCAGGAGAGCCCCCAGACGCCGAGAACAGCAGUAGCCAAAGCAACUCUGGUAGCAACAGAAGCUCCGGCAGCGCGAUGUACAAGGAUGAAAGCGAAAGUUGGACGUCCCCAUAUGUGUCCGCUAAGCACGCAGAAGAGAUGAACCUGAGAUCCGAAGGAGAGGUGGACCGCGUGUGCUGUGAUGCCCAUAGUAUGAGCAUACAGGGCGCGCGAGGCAGCAGCAGCUACAGCAGCAUAGCGGGCUCCUUGCAGGCUUUGAAGCAACUGUCACCUCGGUUGCAUGAGUGUUCAGAGGCCAUCACUCGCACUGUGCUACAGCGGAGGCGCUUGCUGCAGGGUCCGCUUGAGCGGCCCUCAGGAGGGCCUAAGUCGGCUUCUGAAGGAGGCUCCGAUCCCCUAUACGGAGACGCUUUAGAAGACAUAUGCUUGACUCUGAAAAGACUACAGCUGUCCAUAGAUCACUUCACCUCGGUCCUCUCGCACUGCGAGGGCAGGUUCCUUUCAGAGUCGCUCGGGAUCCCUCUGGGUGAAAGCUCCCGUGAGGCCUCCCCCGAGGCAACUGGGUAUGGUGAAGCCGCAGAGGAAAGUUCAAGAGCCCCUAGCAGCAUCGAUACCACAAGAGCACAAAUGGGGUCUCCCAGUGGUCCCAAAGGGGGGGUGGAUGAGGGGUCCUUAUCUCCAGUCUUUUACAUCAAAAAAGCAACAACAAGUGCAUAUUCGGGGCUAAGAUGUGGGGAGCUUCCUCGGGAUCCGGUCCUCGGUCCCUGCGGGCAGUAUGCCGUUGGAUCAUGUCAUGGCAGUAGCAACGAGAGCCUGGCGGGUGCCUGUUCUGCACGUUUAGUGAAUGUGGCUUCUAAAGGUACCCCAAUGGCGGCUGGCCUUAGAGGGCCCUGUCAAAAUGUCUCUCAGGAGACUCACGGAAGCGGGGUUGGAGGCAUCUAUGAGGGUCCAAGUGAGGUGUUGUGCAUGGGUAGAAGUGCAAAUGCACGUAAGGGCCUAUGGGUUCCUGGGUGUGAUGCGACCUCUGUGUGCGCGGAGAAGCGAAGAGUAGAAAAGGUAAAGGGUGGAGUUCGGGCCCUCAGAUGGGCUAGGGAGAGACUAAAAAGCCUUGUGCCAAGCCAAAAGAAGACGGACAGCACGGAGUAG